CGCGUGCGUGGAGGAAGUCAGGUGAUCCCAGGCGCGCCCAAUGAGAAGGCUGCUUACAGCCAGCCGGGAGGCCUAAUAGGAGAGCGUCGUCCCCGCGCCCAGGACGGUGCCUUAAGGCCAUUGGAGCGGCUGCAGAAUGGCUCCCGCGCGCUACUGCGUCCCUGGAGAGCGACUCUGCAGCUUAGAGGAAGGAACACCCGGGAGCGGCACCUACACGCGUCAUGGCUCUAUCUUUGCCUCUCUGGCUGGUUGUCUCACGAAGAAAACUGAGAAUGGCAUGCUCCCAGUGAUCUCUGUGAUGAGGGAUGUGGAAUCUCAGCUUCUGCCUGACGUGGGAGCCACAGUUACAUGCAAGGUAAUUUCAGCAGCGUUAGCACGGCACAGUAGAACUGUCCUUCAUUCAGCUACUGGUGUUUGCAGCAUUAACUCCCGUUUUGCCAAGGUGCACAUCUUGUAUGUUGGUUCUACACCGCUAAAAUCCCCAUUCCGUGGAACAAUACGGAGAGAAGAUAUCCGAGCUACAGAGAAAGACAAGGUAGAGGUUUACAAGAGUUUCCGCCCAGGAGACAUUGUUCUGGCCAAAGUUAUCUCCUUAGGUGAUGCACAGUCAAACUACUUGCUGACCACUGCAGAAAAUGAGCUAGGGGUAGUGGUGGCUCACAGUGAAGCAGGAGUACAGAUGGUGCCAAUCAGCUGGUGUGAAAUGCAGUGCCCCAGUACACAUGGCAAGGAGCUGCGCAAGGUAGCCCGGGUACAGCCCCAGUUUCUACAGACAUAGUGAACAAUACAUAUGCCAAGAUGCACAACUAGUACAGGAAAGGCUUAGCUCUGGGCAUAGAGCUAGACGGACUUGAAAGUAGCCUUCUAUGCUGUUGCUGUAAAUCGGUCUCAUGAGUGUGCAAGAUAGAGCUGGGCCUAAGGAAAUGUAUGUUCACAUCUGAUUCUGGAAUGGUCUGGGGAAAGAGACCUUGACUACAGCCUGUUUCCCCCAAUUUUAUAUCCCAAUUCCACUGUGUUUUUAAAUAAGCCAAUACACUAUUUUCUAUAAUCCCCACGUUUCCUGCCUUGACUCAGUCUUUGGACCUGCCUUGGAAGGACAAAUAAAACUAUGUA